AUGCGCGCCUCCAUCACUAUCGCCGUCCUGUCCGCGAGCAGCGCGCUCGCCGUCAGUCUUCCUCCAUGCGCUUCAACCUGCGUCUCUCAAGGCCCCGGCUUUGGUAGCUGCGGCACUUUCGAUGUCAAGUGUAUCUGCUCGGAUACCACUCUGCUCGCGGAUUUGGCCUGUUGCGUGAGCACCGCUUGUAGUGCUGCGGAUCAACAGAACACAAUCGACUAUGCCAACUCCCUUUGCGCCGGCCAAGGCGUCAGCGACCUCCCACAAUCCGCGACUUGCUCAGCAGGUGCUUCAGGAGCCGCGAGCUCUACGGGCUCAGCCACAGGGUCUAUGUCCUCCAUGAGCACCUCUAUCCCGGCUUCAGUCUCCUCAUCCGUCUCCUCUGUCCUUGCCGCCGCUUCCUCUGGCACUACAUCGACCGUGAACUCGAGCGCGGCUUCGAGCGCGAGUGCCUCAGCUGCCAGUGCACAGUCCAGUGCCAGCAAGUCAGCCGUCAGUGCGCAGUCGAGCGCAUCGUCCGCGAACAGCGCCGCUGCGGCUAGUGCGACAAGCAGCUCGGAAGCAAAGGCCACGUAUGGUGCGAGUGGUAUGGGUGUGGGUGUUAUGCUUGCUGGUUUGAUUGCUGCGAUUUAA